AUGAUUCUCGAAUAUAAGGAGAAAGCUCUCCUAACCCCACGAUCGUAUCCAGGAUCACAACGGACAAGAUUUCAAAAAAGAUUCAUACCCAUUACAGUUGUACUCUUGAUAUGUGUCUGCAUCUUUUCCACGGCCAACCGCUUCUCACUGAACAGUCGAUAUGGAUUCUUCUCUUUUCAUCCUUCGAUAGAUCUACCACUACCUCAUACUGGUCGAUAUAGCAUACAAGCAACCACAUUUUCAAGAGAAUCCAGACCUGCCAAAGCAGUACGAUUAACGAAGCAAAAGAAAGUGAGAGAGGAAUUUCUACAUGCAUGGAACGGAUAUAAAAAGAAUGCAUGGAUGCAUGAUGAGGUGAUGCCACUUUCAGGUGGUCAAAAAGAUACAUUUGUGGGUUGGGCUGCGACAUUGGUGGAUUCCCUGGAUACACUUUAUAUUAUGGGACUAAAGGAGGAAUUUGAAGAAGCCUUGGAAUCUCUUAAGAACAUCGACUUUUCUAAACCCAAUGCCGAACGUGUACCUGUUUUCGAAACUACCAUUCGGUAUCUCGGUGGGUUGCUGGGGGCUUGGGAUAUCAGUGCAAAACAGCUUGGGGACUUAUUAUUCAGGGCAUUUAAUACUGAGAGUGGUAUCCCUACUCCAUAUUAUUGGUGGGAAAAGGACCUUCCCAAAGGAGACAAGAUAGCCGGCGAAAAUGGUGUUCUAGUCGCCCAAAUCGCAAGUCUCUCACUCGAAUUCAUUCGUUUGAGUCAAGUCACUGGUGAUCAAAAAUACGCAAAUGCAAUACAGAAAAUUACGGAUCAACUGGAAGCUACUCAGAAUACUACGACACUGCCAGGAAUGUGGCCAUCCCAAGCAAACUGCGUGGGAUCUGAGUUGUCAUUUGGGAGUCGUUCUUUUACUUUGGGAGCUUUUGCCGAUUCUGCUUUUGAAUAUCUUCCAAAGACUCAUUUACUUCUUCCAAAAUCCUCCUCUGCUGAUCAAUACCUGAAAAUGUAUCGUACUGCAUUAUCAACCAUAAGCAAGCACCUAGUCUUUCGUCCCAAUCUCCCAGGCGAUCCCGAUAUUCUUUUCACGGGCACAGUGAAUAUUAAUUCGGGCAAACCACUCCUAACCGCUCAGAUCCAACAUCUUGGUUGUUUCACAGGAGGUAUGAUAGGUCUUGGCUCCCGGAUAUCCCAAUCCCCAUCAGAAAUGGAAACCGCCAUCAAACUCACCAAAGGUUGCGUUUGGGCAUACGAACACACACCUUCGGGAAUCAUGCCCGAAAUCUUCCACGUCAACCCUUGCACCAAUACAUCUUCCUGUACUUUCUCUGGCUCCAGUUCAGACACCGGAUAUAUCCGCGUCGACGAUCCAUCCUACCAACUCCGCCCUGAAGCCAUCGAAUCCGUCUUCAUCAUGUACAGAUUAACGGGUGAUCGCGCCUGGCAAGAAACGGGCUGGAAAAUGUUCAAAGCCAUUGUGAAACAUACGCAUACACCUCUAGCAAAUGCGAGAAUCAAAAAUGUGAUGGAGCAAAAACCAGACAAGGAAGAUUCGAUGGAGAGUUUCUGGUUGGCAGAGACGUUGAAGUAUUUCUACUUGUUGUUUAGUGAACCAGAAGUAGUGAGUUUGGAUGAGUGGGUGUUGAAUACCGAGGCGCAUCCGUUGAGACAGGCGGGUGGGAAUACAUAGCAUUCGAUGUAUGAAAGGGUUUGAGCAUGGAGAAUUAGAAAAACGUGAUAGAUUUAUGUAGCGAUACGAAUGAUGUAAUAAUAGGAGAUUUAAUAGU